AUGAAUUUUAAUUUUGAUCUAAAAAAGGCGUCACAAUCAGCAGGCACAUUGUUAUCACGUGCAAAACAGUUUACCGAAGAAAAACUCGGACAAGCAAUAGAUAAAACGGAAUUCGAUUCAAACUUUGAACAAUUAUUAGCACGAGCGGAUAAAACAAAGAUUUGGACAGAAAGAUUAUCGCAACAUGUUGAAGGUGUUUUACAACCGAAUCCAAACGAACGUUUGGAAGAUUUUAUUUUAACAAAACUUGAUCAAAAAGUUGUCAAUAAGCCAAAUAAUCUUGAAAUAUUAGGACAAGUGAUGUGUGAUGCAGGAAAUGAUUUUGGACCAUCUACACAAUAUGGUAGUGCUUUGAUCAAAUGUGGAAAUACACAUUUAAAAUUGGGUUUAGCAGAAAAAGAAUUUGUUCAAUCAUCUGCUACAUCUUUCAUUCAACCGUUGAAAAGUUAUCUCGACGGUGAAAUGAAAUCAUUGAUAAAAGAACGUCGUACUUUGGAAACAAAACGUCUUGAUUUAGAUGCGGCACGAUCAAAAAAGAAGAAAACCAAAGCGAACACUCCAACGCCCGCUAGUCCUGCUGUUUUAGAUAAUGAUGCUGAAAUUCGUAAUUCUCAAACUGAAUUUGAUCGUCAAUAUGAAAUUACACGUUUAAUGCUUGAUGGUGUUACUAAUUCACAUAAUCAUCAUUUACGUUGUUUAAAUGAUCUUGUCGAAUCGGAAUUACAAUAUCAUAAACAAUCUGUUCAAGUUUUAGAAGAUUUAAGAAAACAACUUGGUUUAACAACAAAACCUAGUACAAAUUCGUUAACAUCAUUGCCUAAAAAACAAUCAAUUCAGCAACAACGUGUUGCCACUGUUAAAUUUGACUAUGAUGCGACAGAUUCAAAUGAAAUUAGUGUACUUGCAAAAGAGACCGUAAAUAUUGUCAAUGACGAUUCAAAUGAUUCAGAAUGGAUUACUGUGGAAAAAGAUGGAAAGCAACGUGGCAAAGUUCCAAAAGCUUAUUUAAAAAUGGAUUCACUUUCUUUAUCUUAG